GAGCAGUACUGGCCAUGGCAACUGAGGCGCCUGAUCCUCGGACCUUACAGUCAUGGGAGGAUGCCUUCCAAUACCCGAUUCCAACGGUGCAGAAGCUCGAACAGCAGCUCCGCACGACGGCAGAUGACAACCGUGAGAAGCUGCGAUUGCUCGUGGGGACGAGUUAUCGCAACCUCCUCGACACUGCUGAAACGAUCAUCGACAUGGAGGCCCAGAUGGAACAGGUUGAAUUGAAGCUCGGCCGCAUAGGCCAGAAUUGCAAUUCAAGAGUCUUGGACAAGGUUUCUGGAAAUGCACUCAAGAUGGACACACAUGCAAGAGGCAGUGAUGUCGAGCGGUACACAUUUGCAUCCCAGCUCUCGGUCCUACGAAACGCACCUACGGUCAAGACACGAUUGAUGAGGAAGGAUGACCAGCACCUUCUCAUCGCAAAAGUCCUUGUGAUCUCCCGCCUCGUACACAAAGCUCUCAGUCAGUCGAAGAGCAAGCCACCGAUUGUGGAUCAGCUAUGGGAAAAGCUACUCUCAGCGCGCAGGAAGCUACUGCGAAGGAUUGACAGGCGACUCGCGAGUACCACCGGCGAAGCUACGAGCUUGGUGGAGAGCAUGUGCGCGUACGCGCUCGCCACAAGCUCUACGCCAUCUGAUGUCUUGAAGCAUUUCCACAAAGUGCGCAAGGAGAAGAUGGUGAACGAACUGAAGAAGGGAGGAGACGAGCUUGCCAAACGAGGAAUCAAUGCCCUUCAACUGUGUAUCCAGACUUGCCAGGAGACACAAACGAUCUUUCCGAGACGUCUGGCCGAAGCUCUCGCAAAGCUGAAGGCGCAUCCUUUGAUCCAAGACCAGGAAGUACGUGGCCUAUAUGAGCUGAAUCUGGACGUACACGACCGUUGGAUUGGCGACGAGGUGCGGAACUAUACCCCUUGGCCACGCCAUGACGAACUUCAGAGACCGGAGGCAGAAAGGAUAUUGUAUCGUUGGUCGAAAGAUACAAUCAUAAUUUUCUUAAAAGAGGUCAAGACUGCCCUUCAAGGUGAGGACCGGUUGGCAGAGGUUGCAAGCUUGCGUCAGGAGUUGAUCGAAACGUGGAUGUUGUCCGGGCCACGCAUGGCAGGAGUCAAGUUUGCGAACGUCUUGGACGACUUGCGUGACAUGAUGAACGAGAAGCUGGAGGCGAUUGUGCGAGCACGUACACAAGCACUGCAGGGUGUAGUUGCAGAACUCACCACUGGUCUAGAUGGGUUACCUGCCAAUAACGAUACGCCUGGCUUAUCGCUCUGGACUACCACAACUGACGGCAAGGAUCUGAGCAACGGAGCGCAGGCGUUCAAGACAACCAUACUCAACACACACCAAGGACGGGACCAAGCCACUCUGGGUGUGACGGCUGCUUUCGACAACUGGAUGGACUCUGUGCUCGAAGUCAAAGGCAUCGUGAAGAGCAUGAAGGAAGCGCGCUGGGACGAUACUUUCGCAGAUGAGAUUGAAGAAGAUUCAGAUGAUGACCUAGGUGAUUCGAAGCAGACGCUGCUCAGCGCGGACGACCCUCGGUUACUGGAGGAUGUCACACAAGAGGCCAUUGGCAACUCUUUGCAGGAUUUGGGUAAGAGCUUGUCCCAGAUCGCGCAGAGUGUGACCGACGGCAAGGAUGACGGUGCUGUACGCAAAGCUGUCUUCGUUCUUCGAAUUGUUCGAGACUUCGGCGAUCGGAUACCGCGUCUGCGCCUCCAGGAGAGGUCAUUACCGCUCCCAACGCCGUUCACAUCAGACGUCUUGAAGCCGCUCCAUACGACCCUUGCCGCGCAUGUCGCUCAGCUGACACUAUCAUCUCUCGAGACUUCUCUUGCCUCCUCGAUAAAGGGUAACACUCAAACACAUAUCCUGUGGGAAGGACAUCCGCCGUUACCGAGCCAGCCCUCGCCCAAUGCCUUCAGAUUUUUACGAGAACUCAACAGGACCAUGGCGCGCCUGGGCGACGAUCUUUGGGCUCCUGCUGGUGUCGCAGUUGUCAAGGGCAAGAUGUCUUUUGAUGUCAUACGCCUGUUGGAAAAGCACGUCGAAGCCAUCAAGGACUCCAAGCCACAGAAGCCUAUUGAAGCUAACACACAGGACAAAGAGUCGGAUGAAGCUGAUGGCAAGGAGAAAGGCAAUGAGGCUGACGCAGCUGACGUGGCACCUUCAACUCAGGAAGACGAUCUCAGAGAUCGAAGGUUGAAGCAAUUGCUGUUCGAUGCGCUCUACAUGCAGCGGUUCUUCAAUGACGACAUCAAGCCGACACAAGCCACGGACGAUUUGAUCAAGAAAAUCGGCGUAACAGAUCUGGACGAUGCCGCUGUUCAAAGAUUGAAGAAGAACGCAGCCGAGUACGCGAAGAAGACAUACCUGCUGUUCGCUCUGCUCGCCUGA